AGCGUGACAGCAAUCAUGUUGACAGGAAGAAUAAGCGGGAUCCAUUGCCGUAACAACACGCAACUCGCACUACACUCAGCCUGUGCUUCGUCCCUCCUUCCAGACAGAACAAAUACUAUAUUCAUCUGCUACGGCUUGCAGUUACUGGAACUCCCAGCAGGAACUCCUGGUUACUUUACUCCACCGUUUGAGCUGCAGAACACAAUGCCAUUCAUGCCACGGGGCGAAAACCGGCGAAGCGCCUGCUCCCUUAAACCAGCAAUGUGGAGAACAUGCAGUAUUUUUUGCGCAUGGAGUCUACUGUUCUUGACAGAGGUCUGUGCGCAGUCUCAGCGGAGACCAACCUUCACAUGCGGUGGAAACAUUACAGGAGAUUCUGGAGUAAUCGGGAGCCAGGGGUACCCAGGAGUUUACCCUCCAAAUACCAAAUGUGUGUGGAGGAUUACAGUCCCUGAGGGAAAGGUCGUGGUCCUGUCAUUCCGCUUUAUUGACUUGGAGAGCGACAACCUGUGCCGCUAUGACUAUGUGGAUGUUUACAGUGGCCAUAUCAGUGUGCAAAGACUUGGUCGCUUCUGUGGGACGUUCAAGCCAGGAGCCCUGGUAUCCACGGGCAACAAGAUGCUCCUGCAGAUGGUAUCUGAUGCCAACACAGCUGGGAGUGGCUUCCUGGCUGUUUUCUCUGCUGCCCACCCACAUGAGAGAGGGGAACAGUACUGUGGAGGCAGAUUGGACAAGCCCUCUGGGACUUUUAAAACUCCCAACUGGCCUGAGAAGGACUACCCAGCUGGUGUCACCUGCUCCUGGCACAUAGUGGCACCAAAGAACCAGAUUAUUGAAGUCAAGUUCGAAAAGUUUGAUGUGGAAAGGGAUAACUACUGCCGCUAUGACCAUGUUUCCAUUUUCAACGGGGCAGAAAUCAACGACGCCAAGAGAAUUGGCAAAUACUGUGGAGACAGCCCCCCAGCGCCAGUGUUCUCAGAUGGGAACCAGCUCCUCAUCCAGUUCCUGUCAGAUCUCAGUUUAACCGCAGACGGCUUCAUUGGACACUACAAGUUCAGACCAAAGAAAUUCCCCACCACCACGAUACCACCCACCACUACCACUCAGCCAGUCACCACCAGGCCCAUACCUCUAAAGUACUCUGUAGCCCUGUGCCAGCAGAAAUGCAAAAGACGGGGAACACUUGAGAGCAAUUACUGCUCCAGCAAUUUUGUGAUAACCGGGACUGUCAUUACUGCGGUGAUGAGAGGAGGAAGUAUGUACGCCACCAUUUCUAUUAUCAACGUUUAUAAAGAAGGCAGUCUGGCCAUUCAGCAGGCAGGAAAGACGAUGAGCACCAAGAUCAUUAUCCUGUGCAAGAAGUGUCCAUUUGUCAAGAGAGGCUUGAACUACGUCUUCAUGGGUCAGGUGGAUGAGGAUGGCCGGGGGAAAAUCGCCCCCCACCACUUCGUUAUGGCGUUUAAGACAAAGAACCAGAAAGGACUCAACAUUCUGAAAAAUAAGCAGUGCUGAGUUCCAGUAGCGCUGAGGUUUUCCACUGGACAGGUUUGCCUGAGGCUCAGCUGUGGAUGGAAACAAUUAAGCAAAAAAAAAAUGAUCUCAACAACACAAACACAGGCCACCACAACAAAACUGAAAGUGGAUGCAGAGAUGCCAGAACAAAACUUAACAUGAUCCAUUCAAUUAGGUGCAACUUAGAUUUUUCUAUUUAUUAAUUUUGCUGCAGAUUGCAUGUUUUUAGAAUAAACAAGAAGACAUUAAGUACUUCUACUUCUGUCUGUCUUCUUUUAAAAGACCAGUAGGUUAAUCUGUUUUGUAACCUCAGGUUAAUCAGCAACACAAUUAGUUGAAGUUUCCAUCCCUGUUCCACAGCCCAUUCUCACUCUGCCUAGUCACAUUCCUGUCAUGUCCCGAGCAUGGAUUUAAAAUGUAGCCAGUAACAGGAGCCCAGAAUAGGGAGUAUAACAAUUUAUGUUUCAGUUUUUCAUAAAACAAACAUUAAUCAGAUUGUUUACAUUUUCAGUGUGCACACCUGUUCUGACAUCCUGUGAUGGCACUAUUCAUUUCACAUUUUUCUACAUUCUAUUUUUCAGUUUUUCCCCUUUUGAGGCUGUGGAGUGCAAUGUGAAUGAACAGUGGAUUUUAUUAUUUAGUAUAUGCAUUAAACAAAUAUAUCUUUAAUUUCACAAGCCUGAUUAAUAUCCAUAGGGGAUUUGUCACAGCUGAUUGUUGCAGUUUGAAUGACGGCGUUAACAACCUGCAGUUCAUUUUCUGUGUUCAAUUUUAAUGGGCAGGAUUUGGAAGUUUUUAAGUGGUUGUAAAAAAGUGCAAUAUUUAAUAUAUACAUGAUUCUUUUUUGAAAGAUUUGUAUGCUGUUUUUUUGUGAAAGAAAUGAGGACCUUCCUAGCUAAAGCUGUUUUUCUUUAGUUUGUUUACAGAUGCAAAGCACCGCUAUCAGCAUACAUCAUUUACUUUGUUUUUAAAGGCAGAGCUAUGAAAUGAAAAAUAUUUUCAUAUGAAAAAGUCUGUGAAUAUUAUUUAUAUUUUAUUGUUUCCAGCUU